AUGGGGGAACUUCAGAGGACCUUCUCACAAACCCCUGGGCCAGGUUCGACAGACAGCAGGACGCAAGACAGACUCGAGGAAAACAGAAUCAUCCAGACACAACAAUGGUGCGACCUCGUUGGACUACCUCAGAAUGGUGCUAUCGAGGUGCAUGAGAUGCGCAAGCGUUUCUAUGAGAAAAACACUGUGAGGAUGCCACUCGAUGCGAUCAUCGGUGCAUGCAUUGUCGUCGCCAGUAGAGAAACAGAUCGCGCCAUAUCGAUCGAAACAAUCUGUGAGCAAAUGCGCCUUGAUCAGCGGGUCGUCGCGCUAUGCCACAGCGAACUGGGGCGCAUUAAAAACACGCGCAAGCCUGUUUCGACAUUUUCUGCAUCCUCUCUGCAGACCAACUUGGAAGGGAAUAGCUCGCAAGAUUCGUCGCAAGAUUCGUCGCAAGAUUCGUCGCAAGAUUCGUCGCAAGAUUUGUCCCAAGAUUCGUCGCAAGAUUCGUCGCAAGUCGACUUGUGGUUCGAGCAGUCUCAAGAUCCUUCGCAAGUCGACUUGUGGUUCGAGCAGUCUCAAGAUCCUUCGCAGGUGGACUAUGAUUGUGAAUAUUAUGCACAAGACCCAUCUCAGUGGACCUUUCGAUCCUCGCCUUAUCAGGACGCCUCAAAGAACACGUCGGAGGAUGUCGCUCAGUACCACCACCUGCAGCAUGCCGUCUCGGAGGAUGCCUUCCAGUUUCCAUCCUCGCAGCCUGCCUCACAUGCCACCUCCCAGCACUACUCCGAAGGAUCCUCCCAGGACGAGGACCUUCGUUCUAUACACUCAGAGGAUCUCUUAUACGGCUCAUCUCAGGAGUCUGAUAGCUCAGAUUCACAGGAUACUGUACGACCAGGCUCUCCAGAGCUCGUCUCUCAGAACGUUCCUCAAGAUAUCGUACCAAUCCAAGAUAAUGCACUCCUUUACGCCUACGUGGAUGACCUCCAACCGACAGAUUCGUACCUCGUUGGUCAGGUAGUCGGUCAAGCAUCCGAGUAUGCAGUCGGGCGCGCGGUGUCCGACGCCCUCGACUUCUCCGAGUCACAGGAUUCUCAGCACUCCUUCCAAUGCGCCUCCCAGGGCGACGCGUUGUUCUUUGCUUCACAAGAGGAGUCACAAGAAUCUGUACAAUCCUCCGAUCAACGGGAUGGCUCACGAACCCCCGUGCAGGACCCGUUGUCACAGUCUUCCCAACGCUCAACGACUACCACAAACUACUUUGGCUCGCAGUCCUCCUUUGGCUCGCAGUCCUCCUUUGGCUCGCAGUCCUCUUUGGGCGCGCUGUCCUCCUCAGGUUCGGAAUCUACCUCGGGCUCUGAAUCUGCUUCAGUCUAUGACUUCUCCGCGACUCCAUCCACUUCCCCACCCACUUCCCCACCCUCCACUCCUCGAGCGUCUAAUUUUAAAACCUCGACGCCUCCACCCUAUGAUCGGGAAACCGAAGAGAGACAGUCUGUUCAUCAGUUCUGCGAUACGCUUAACCUCUCUGAGCGGGUCAAGCUGAGAUGCUGGGACCUCCUCGUUCAAGCUCGCUCUCUGGGACUUUUGAACAACAGUUUCGACCUCAACGCGAAUGCGGGCGGCAUGGUUUUCUUUGCUUCUCUCUUAUACCAUGAACGGAGGCCUAUCAACAUUGUUGCCAAAGUAGUCCGCUCUACAUCUGUAGAUGUCAGGGAAGUUUACAGGAUUUUCUUCGACGCACGGGAUGGGCUGGUCCAUGAGCGAUUGCUCGAGGAGUUCGGGUCGUUGAGUUACUUGUUGCACCCUGAUGCGGUCAGAGAGAGCCGUGGCUUUGAGGUCACGAUUACACCUCUACGGAGAGGAUGA